AUCUUGCACAAAACCCCCUUAUUGUUGAGUCAAGUUUUUGGAAUAUGAAUAAAUCUAGCCAGUCAGAUUUAGUGGAUUGGUUAGGUUUAGCCUAAUGCUCCUUACUGGUAUGACUAGAAUGGCUAACAUUUGCAUGUGUUUUCUCAGUUUUGUCAUCUCAAACUUGAAACUGCUAUCGGUUUACAUCCCCGGUACAGGUGCACAUCUGAAAGUCCAUUCAAAUUUAGCCAUAUGCUUUUGUCCUCCACAUUUUACAGGGGAAAUCGCUGUGGGGUGCUAAUCUGAAUAACAGCCAUUUGUAUUUGAUGAUCAACAACACUAAAUUCAUCAUCAGUGAGAUUUCUGUUAAACAGAGAUGGCUACACCAUGGAAAUCUUGAUAGACUACUAGCUGCUGACAGACUACUAUUUGCAUUGUACAAGUGGUUGAAGCUGUGUAGGCUAAUGUUUGGGGGGGUGACAUUUUAUGCGAGGCUAGUAGGCCUUAACAUCAGUAUCUAACUACUCCUGUAUAUUGUUUUUUGAGAUGAAAAACAUGAAAACUAAACAAAAUGUCAGACGGAGGGGAGCUACCAAGAAGCUAGCCAGAGAGAGACUCAUGAUAUGAAUAACUUAGUUAAAGAUAUUGUAGUCCUGCUGCUGCCUGCAGACAUGACUUGUUGGCGAACAUGUUAUUUGUUUUCAUAUGGUCUCUGCCCACAGGUCAGUAGCUGACUGUCAACCUCUAUACAUCCAUUGAUCUGGGGAAUGAUCCGUUAGGCCUCAUCAAUUAAAAAAAAAUAUAUAUAUUUUAAGGAACUCCGUCUGGCUUGCAACUUACUCUAGAAAGUUGUAAUAGUAGAAUGCACGAGGUGCCAUUUCGAAAUGAGGUAGUGCAUCAUCAGUUUUCCUCUUGUCAUUUUAGUCGAGUACCCCGAACAGUACAUGUUUUUAUUGUAAGCCUGGACAAGCACACCUGAUUUAACUUGACAACUAAUCAUCAAACCCUUAAUGAGUUGAAUGAGGUGUGUUUUUCAAGGGCGACAACGAAACUGUACUUUUGUGGGUACUCGUGGACCAGGGUUGGGAAACACUGCCUUUGAUGGCUAUUUAUAACUUAUCAGAAAUGUCCAGAUCAACUAGCCCAUGUCAGAUCUGCAACAUGGUGGCUGUAAUGGAAGUCAUUUCCUAUUUGGAGAAAUAUCCCAUCACCAAGGAAGCACUUGAGGAAACCCGCCUUGGCAAGCUGAUCAACGACGUAAGGAAAAAGACGAAGGAUGAGGAUCUUGCCAAGCGUGCAAAGAAGCUCCUGCGCACAUGGCAGAAGCUAAUUGAGCCUGGGCAGAGUGAGGCACUAUCCAAGGGGCAUAUGGGUCCGCCAGGCGUUGCCAACGGUGGUAUGCAUCUCUGCCGGAUGGACGUCUCCCCUCCAGCUGCUAUCCCGCCUUCAGGUAAAAUGGUUCCGGAGCUCAAGAGUAGAAAUGACUUCAACAACCGUUACUCCCCCAAAGCGGAAAAGUCAGGCAACCGAAAACGGAAGGGGGAACAGAGGGACAGGCAGCACAUACCAAUGAAAUUGUCCAAAAUAACCGCCUAUGAAAGAACACACAACUCACGACUGCCAACAAAUGGAAUUGGAGCCAGUCCUGAGGCUUUUACGGACACAUGUGGUCCACAUCUUAAAUCAGACAAGGAUGGUGCUGAGCAUCUUGACAUCGACAGGCUCAACAAUAUCCCUGUCAAUGCUGUCAAACCUCACCCUAGCUCACCGGGAGUACCCAAACCUCUGAGCACUUCCACAUUGCUCAAAACGGCUGUUUUGCAACAGCAUGGCAAAAUGGACCUGGCUGUCUCAGGAGGGGGGCUGCAUCAGCCCAAACACCCUCGAAGCAACUCAUAUAGUCCCAGAAGUACAAAACGGGAUGCGGUAGUUAAACUGUCUAUGACCAAAUCAACGACUCUACUGAGCCCUGCUCGGAGCCCCAGGGUCAUGGACAGCUCUGGACUGGGGCCCUCUCCUUUGCGUUCUCCACACCUUUUAACUCCAUGUAUGCAGGGUUCCCUCACUGUUGGGCCUCUGCCUACAGAGUCUGUCCUUCAUUGGGACGGACCGGCAGACGUGGACCAACGCCUUCAACAAAGCACCAGGAGACCUGACUCUCUGCACUCCAAAGCCUCGUCCCACAGCGAGGUGAAGGCAGAGAGUGAUGGUUCUGUCACUAGCACAGAGAGAAAGAGGAGAAAGAAAUACAGGUCCAGAGACUAUACAGUGAACUUGAGUGGGCAGCCCACGGAAGAGACCACAAUGCCAUGUAGAUUAAAAGACCGUAGACUUACGUUUGACCCUGUAACAGGGCAGAUCAAACCCUCAACCCUCAAAGAGUCUUACCCGGAAUGGGAGGCUACAGUGACUCCGGUCACACCAGAACUUCCUCGGACAGAACUGCUCAAGCAGAACCAUUGUGCACAGAAUAGCCCUGUUACUCCCAGUCCGUUUCAACAGACCAACUGGAAAGAGCUGUCAAGGAAUGAAAUCAUCCAGUCCUACCUUAACCGUCAAAGCAACGUGCUCACAUUGUCUGGGGCUCAAACCUCGGGGGCACACUUUUUCAUGUCUGAGUACUUGAAACAAGAGGGACAUCAUAUCAAAGAGGGCAGAAAAAAACACAUGCUGGUACCAAAUAUCCCUGAUACGGACUUACCAGGGUUGAGCCGAGCGGUCACAAACGAGGAUCUCAACAGAAUACACAAGGAGCACUGGCCUGGGGUGAAUGGUUGCUAUGACACCAAGGACAACUGGUAUGAAUGGACAGAUUGCAUUUCCUUAGACUCACAUGGGGAUGAUGGCAAGCUGAAUAUCCUGCCAUAUGUCUGCCUAGACUGAGUUUAAUGAGCUGUGGCUUCAAGAGGGAAAAAUGGCACCUUCCUUGGCUGAGUGCAAAAAGGCAAUUAUCAAUGGAAGAACCUGCUCACUCCUUUGCAGAGGUGGUGUAAGAGAGGCCUUGCUAAUUGUGCUGCUCCCAUAAAAAGCAAACGUUGAUCAGUGUUCGAUGGGAGAGAGCUCAGCUGUAGCGUCACUGAAGUUCUUUGAGUGGAAUGGGUCCAUACAUUGUCUGCCAAAUGCUAAGAGUUUAAGGUGCCCAGUAACUUCAAGUAUGGAACCUGUUUGGCAUGUACAUGCUGGCAAAGAGAAUGAAACGUGUGGUUAUAUCAUGUAUGCAUUUAUUUAUCUCUUACAUAAAAUAAAAUUAUACACUUCACUUAUUCAAUCAGUUCUGCUUGUCAGAUAAGGUAAAACUGUGUUCUGCAUAUUUUCUCACAAAAAUUGUUUGCAGUAGCAACAUUCCAUACCACCAUACAACUAGAACGGUUCUUGCACCAACACUAACAUCUUAAUAUACAGGGAAACUAUCUGCAAAAUGACACAUUAUGGAAAUGUGCGAGUUAAUAGCAUUUUCUUUAGCUUUUCCUUUUUUCCUGUUUCUAGGUAGUAAAAUAUGAAUUCUAAUGGCAAAGCAGAUGAUGCUACAACAUGCAACUAUGAGGAAAAACAGAAAAAUAAAAUGUUUAUGCUGGAAAUAUACUUGUUCCCAUUCCUUUAUAUUGUUUGCCUUAUGGAAAACAAUGUUUCCUCAAACGGAGCCUUAGUGAAUGUACAGAAAUUUGCCUUUUUGUGUUCAGGAAUGCAGAGGAGAACACAUUUGCUACUUAGUCCUUUUUAAAUGGCCACGUUGAUACAGUAUGUGUUAAUAAAAAAUAAAAAAGCA